AUGGAACUCAAGGCCGGCUCACCAUUUGACGCGUCCCAUACACGCAGCUCUACUCCUCCCUCUCCAGUCUGCAAGCAGGAGAGCCUCUCUCCCGCGAAUUCCUCCCCAUUGUCGGCACCUCCGAGAUCGCCAGAUGAACCUGAGCGCAAGUUCAGUCCCUCACCUGACGAAGACGCGUCUCCGUCCUCGGCACCGAGCCGCCGUCCCUCGACCGCCAGCUCGCGUGGUAGCAAGAACGGUGGUGCGCCCGAGAAGGAGAAGCGCAAACGCUCGCGCGUAACGCCCGACCAACUCGUACACCUCGAGCGCUUCUUCGCGAUGGACAGAAGCCCAACUGCCGCCCGGCGCCGUGAGAUCAGCCAGCUUCUCGGUAUGCAGGAGCGCCAGACACAGAUCUGGUUCCAAAACAGGCGUGCGAAGGCCAAGCUGUUAGACGGCAAAGUCAAGGGCAAGGAUUCGACUCCUCCACAGACGCCGCCCGAGCUCCGCCAAGGGUUUGAGGGUGAUCUUCAAUCCCUGAUCCGUGAACAGGACUCCAUCACAAUCAUCCCGUGCUACGAGUUGACCAUCGGUCACUGGCGCCGAAUCGCGACCCAGAUUGCGAAGCACGACCUUGUCACCUACGUCUGCGAGAAUCGUCGUUGUCUCGUCUGGUACAUCCAAUCAUCUGGCUACGGUUUUAAGAUCGAGGUUCCAUUCGACCGCAUCAAGGAGACCACGUACAUGAACACCGCGCCCGGAAAGGCUCUUGUCACCUUCAUCCUCCAUCAAUCCCCUCUCUUUUUCAUCGAGGAGCCCAUUGUAGAUAAUGGCAUCUACACUGGACGCCGCAUCUGGAAACGCUCGGCGGAUUGGACCGAAGGCGCUCAGGCGUCGAUGGAUCUCCGCCACGACCUUGUCGGCGCAUCAGCUCAGCUGGCGCACGUCCUUCGACACUUCAACCUUCCGAUGGCUGGAUCUUCGGACGCCCAAGUUAGGUCCCCGCCGCCUCCCUACCCCGCGCCCUCCUCAGAGGUAUCAGCGUCGAUGGGGUUCGAGCCACUCGCGGUGACCCGGCUUCCGGACAACAUGCCGUACGCUGUUCACGAUCAAUAUCCUGGGCAUGGCAACUCGACCCUUCAUCCUCUCGAGGCGCACAGGCGACCAUCUGACUAUCAUGUCGACCUAGACCCGCCUUCGUCUUCGCGUUCAUCAAGUAACCCAUCUCCAGCCCCAUCAUAUGCCUCGUACUCGCAAGUAUCCCCCUCCGCGCAGUCAAGCUUGUCGUAUUCCUCAUCCUCGCCGGGUUCGUCAGCUUCACCAUAUGCGACGCCCAUGUACUCUCCAUCGCACAGUGUUCUCGACGACGUUACACAUGCCCCGUUGUCGCGUAGCUAUCCCGGUCAGGGCUACCCGAGUGGUUUGCCCGCAGCGGGAACGCCAUCAGGAGGGCAUGCGCACUAUGCUCUGUCGAGUGGGGUAGUCGCGCCUGCUCAUGGACAGCAUUACGCGACGUCGGUAUCACCCCAGCUUGCGUAUGGAGGGCGGCCCCACGAGCUUGUUGUUCAUCAUCCGUCAGGGUUGGUGUCGCGGCCUGCGGGCCACGGUAUGGUGGGCGAGCCUGCCAUGCUUAGCGCUUCGCCCUACGACGAUGGUUACGGUCAUGGACCCCGCUACUAG